AUGAGCGACGACUGGCUGAGCCAGUCGAUGUCGGAGGAAUUCGCGGAGGGGGGUCACGAGCGUGAUGACACGCCCGCCCCCUUCGACCUGCUCAGCGAGGCAGUGUCGGAGGAGGUGGCGGACGUGCCCAUCCUCCCCAGCAGCAAGGCGUCCUCUCAGGAGGUUGCCCAGGCUGCGGGGGAGGAUGGCGUCUUGGGGGGUGAUGCCCCCAAGGCCAUCACCUUGUUGGCCCCCAUCCACCAGAUCAAGGGUGCCUGGAAACAGGCGGGCAAGGCGACCGACGCGAUCUUCGACGUCGAGUCGGGUGGGGUGCGCCUGGUGUCAUUCCCGGGCUUGGAGAAAUGGCAGGUCCCACUGCCGACCAAGAACUUCGACCGAGCCAGAGACAUCACCAACUGCUUACGUCUCGUUGGCGGUCGUCUCCGUUGCGAGCUCGUUCUGGGAGCCACCAAUGGCUCCAACUGGGUCAAGCCCACCCCGACCGAGCGGGGCACUCAGCUCCUUGCGAACCCUGAGCGCAUCGUGGAUGUUGCUGAGAGCUUGCUGCGUGCUUACGACUUCCUCUGCUUCUGGCGUUCGCUCGUCGAAGAGACCAACAAGCCGCACACCUUGCACGUUGCUCUCGACCUCUACAUCGACAUGAAGAUAUGCUCAGGCAUCCUUGGCAACAAUGGCUCUGACACUAUGGGCGCACCCACUACCAAGGUCGUUCGUUCGGAGCACACCACAAACCCCUCAUCCGGACAUCACCGCAGAGGCUCCUCGGUAGAGACUGUCAAGCCUGUCAAGCAGACCAAGCCUGUCGAGUCCACCAAGCCUGUCGACAUCACCAAGCCGAUCGACACUACCCCUACGGUGACCGCCAAGGCAACUUCCGGUCGUACCACCAGCCGAGUCCGCAUCACCAACGAGGCCGGCGAACCUAUCGACUUCACUCGUCUCCUGACUCCCGGCAAGUCUACUACUCCUACUCGAGCAGCUACCGACACCGCCACCAAGGUCCCGUCAAGCACCACUCCCGACACAUCCUCCUUUCCCAAUCAUCAUCGCCUUGCUUCUGUCUCCACCGUUGUCUUGUCCAACCUGCGCAAGGAGGAGCUCGUUCCCAGCAAGGUUCAUGACGCCGAGGUUCCCGCGGAGCAGGCUAUCAUCAAUGGUGUCCAUGCAUUCCCAACCCCUGAGACUGCCAUCAAGCAUCUCUCCGACCCGAGCAUGCGUGAUGCUGGCUUCGAAGUCUGCGCAUCCUUCCUGAAGCAGCAGCUGCUGUCUCACCACAGGGAUUGGGUUCUCAGCAGUGACUCCAAAGCUGCCCGCGCCUCUUGGUCCAUCAAAGAGACGAUGAACCAGUUCAUCGAGGCUCUUCACGACAAGUUCUCCACCCUUCCCCAUGACAGCGAUGACUACUACAAGCCCACCCCCGAGCUCGAAGACUGGGUUUUCGAAGUCAUCAUCGCAGUCGACAAGGCCAAGAGGCGAAGUGGACAACGCGCUCGUGCUAACUCUCAGCUCGAGUACGCACUUGAAGGUUUGGAGAUGGACCGCGAGGCGGAACAGGAACGAGAGGCUAAAGCUGCGGCUGAGCACCAACGACAGAUGGAAGAGCAGGAGGCCGAGUCCGCGAAGAGCGAGACAGCAAAGAGCGAGACCGAGCCGCAGGAUCAUGACCGACAGUAG